AUGGCUCUUCGUUUCGAUAACCGAGUAGCAAUUGUAACAGGAGCCGGAGGUGGACUUGGGCGAACCUACGCAUUGGAACUGGCCAAGAGAGGAUGCAAAGUUGUCGUGAACGACCUCGGUGGUGAUGCUCAUGGAACAUCCGCAUCAACCUCCAUGGCAGAUAAGGUUGUGUCCGAGAUUAAAGCUGCCGGUGGUCAGGCCGUAGCCAAUUAUGACAGCGUUGAGUUAGGCGAGAGAAUCGUGAAAACGGCUAUCGACACAUUUGGCAGAGUUGACCUCAUUUUCAAAGUACAUGUAAAAGGAGCGUAUUCUGUAACUAAAGCUGCAUGGCCUUACAUGAGAAAGCAAAAUUAUGGAAGAAUCAUUGUCACUGCAUCGAACGCCGGUAUUUAUGGGAAUUUCGGCCAGACGAAUUAUGCGGCUGCUAAAUCGGCUCUAGUUGGAUUUUCCAACUCUCUGGCUCAAGAAGGAGCGAAGUACAACAUCACGGCAAAUGCAGUGGUUCCCACGGCCGGUUCACGUCUAACUCAGACUGUACUGCCUGAGUCCCUUGUCGAGGCUCUCAAACCCGAGUAUAUUACACCACUGGUGGUUAACCUCUGUCACGAGUCCUUCACUGAAAGCGGCAAGAAUGAGAGUGGACAAAGCAAAACAACGUCUACUACAUCUGAAGGUUUUCCAUCUCACAUCAAAUGCUCGCCGCUAUUCCAAGAAAUGGAUGCUGGAGUCAAAGAGGAUCCUGCUUCUGUUAAGAACGUUAAGGCUAUUAUUCUCUACAUUCUGACGGACGGAAAGAAGGAAAUCGGCAAAUUCACCUUGGAUUUCAAAAGCUCAUCUCCUUCGGUCUACUAUGGCGACGUAAAGAACGGGGAGAAGGCCACGGUAACUGUGACUGUCUCCGACGAUGACUUCCUCGAGAUCGCCAACGGGAAGCUCAAUCCUCAGAAGGCAUUCAUGAGUGGUAAACUCAAAGUGAAAGGAAACGUGAUGCUCCUUCAAAAGCUGCAGGCAAUCCUCGACAAGAAGAGAAAGGCAAAGCUAUAA